AUGCCCCUUCCAGAGGAGCUGGAGUUUGAGGUAGAGGCGCUGCAGGCGACGUAUGGGGAGGAGGAGGUGCAGGUGGAGCGUGCCCCUGCGGCGACGGCGGCGGCCGUGGUGACGCUGGCGGUGGCGCCGCGGACCCGCGGCGGCGCAGAGCACGAGCAGUUUGUGGCGGGGCGCUUGGUGCUGGCGGUGGGACCCCAGUACCCCUCCCAGCCCCCUGACGUCCACCUCUCAGAUGCCAAAGGCCUGGGCGAGCAGCGGCUGGCAGAGGUGCAGGCGGCGCUGGCGGCUGAGGCGGCAUGCAUGGCCGGAGAGCUGCAGCUGGGCCACCUGUGCGAGACGGCCAUCGAGCUGCUGACCGCCGCCAACCAGCCAGAGGGGCAUUGCGCCUUCUGCCUGGAGCCGCUGCUCGCUGAUCACCUUCCGGGCGGCGGGGGCGGUGGCGGCGCCGGCUCGGCGGUGCUCCGCCUGGGCUGCUACCACUGCUACCACCUGGCCUGCUUCGCGCCGUGGUGGCAGUGGCAGCAGCGGCAGCUGGCGCGGCGGGAGCGGCAGCUGUGGGGAGAGUACAAGUCCAUGGCACCUCUGAAGCUGCAAGAGGAGGGCAUACGGCGCGAGGCGGCGGCGGACGGCAAUGACGGCGGCGGUGGCGGCGGCGGGGACGCGGCGGCGGCCUACGUGCUGCCCUGUCCCGCCUGCCGGGGCGAGGUGCCACCCUCCAGCCUGGCGCACGCCUGGCCGCAGCUGCAGGCCGCCACUGCCGAUUCGUGGAGCGGCGGCGGCGCCGCCGGCAGCAGCGCGCGGGCGGCGCUGCAGGAGCUGCCGCCGCAGCACAGGCAGCAGCUGCAGGCCACGCAGCGGCGGCACGCGGCGGUCAUGCGGCGGCAGCAGGCGUGCGGCGGCCUGGUGGGAGCCACACAUUCCGUGUCGCUCUCAGACUUGCAGCAGGCUGGGGCCGCGGCGGCGGCGACGGCGGCCGAGGCGGCCGUGCCGGCGCCCGAGGCAGCGCUUGGAGCGCCUGUUAAGGGCGGCGGCGGCGGCGGCGGGGCCCCGCAGCAGCGCGGCGGACGCGGCCCCAGCGGCAGGCACCAGCAUGGCGGGCGUGGAGGGAGGCAGGGGCACGGGGGCGGCGGCCGGGGCGGGGGCCGGGAGGGCAGGAGGGGCGGCGGGCCCGACCACGGGGCGCGUGCCGGCGGCGAGGGCCGGCAGCACCACCCACGCAAACCAGCAGCUGCCACAGCAGGUGCAGGAGCAGGUGCAGGCACAGGAGCAGCAGGGGCGGCGGCAGGGGUGACGGCAGGGGCGACGGCGGCAGCAGCUGCGGUGCAGGCGCUGCGACUGGAGUAG